CAGUUAGCGAUCUGUCCAGAGUCAGGCCUUUUUGACCAGGUCACCAGGUAAGAGAGAGUGAUAGGUUAUUAAUUUACUUUUGAAUGUUAAUUACAUUACUCCGUCUGUGGAAGAAUUUCUUGUUUUACCCACAAAAAACAUGUUUUACUACAAUUGUGUUCUACAGAAUAUUGAUGUAGCUUUUAGCUUUUUCUUUUCAUGUACAGAGGAAAAGGUUUUAUUUCUCCUUUUUCUUUUUCUUCUUCUCUUCUUUCAUAGUUUUAUUUCUAUACCAGCCGGCUUUUACUCUACCUCGGUAGUUUCAUGGCAGAGGAUUUUCCACUUUAAAAAUUCUGGCUAAUGAUUGUUUUGGGAAAAUUUAGCUCAUGGUUCAGGCAGCUCUGAUGUCUUCUUCUGUCUCAUAGAGCCAGGUUCAAGAAAAAAUAUUUAUUCUAAAUAAACAGAACAAUGAGCCAUUUUCCUCUCAGCAGCAGCAUAUUGAUGGAAUAAUAAGUUGUGGUUAAUAAGGUGUGUUGAAGGCAACUCAUCUGUUUAAUGCGUUUCCUUAUAUCUUUUUUUUUGUUUGUUUAAUCACAGAUCAGUAAUUGAACAUCAGCACAAAAGAUGGGAGACUGGGGGUUCUUGUCAACCUUGCUGGAUAAGGUCCAGUCCCACUCUACAGUCAUUCGUCUCCACGCCACUGUAGUCUACCUGGGCCACGCCAUGCACAUCAUCCACAAAGAGAACAAACUGAGGGAGAAGCUGUCGAGCCCCGGCGGGACCCGGCUGUACAAACAGCCCAAAUACACAAACGAAAAGGGACAGGUGGAGAUCAAGGGGGACUUGCUGGGGAGCUACCUGACCCAGCUCGUGGUCAAGAUCAUCAUUGAGGCUGCCUUCAUAGUGGGCCAGUACUACCUGUACGGCUUCGUCAUGGUCCCCAUGUUCCCCUGCUCUCGGUCGCCCUGCCCCUUCACCGUGGAGUGCUACAUGUCCCGGCCCACGGAGAAGACCAUCUUUAUUAUAUUCAUGCUGGUGGUGGCCUGCGUCUCUCUGUUUCUCAACGUCAUUGAGAUGUUCUACCUGAUUUGUAGGAGGGUCAGAUGCGGGUCCAGACCUAACUCUCACAAGAUUACUUCACCUGAGAACCCUGCCAGCCUGUCAGCUCCCAGAUGGCCCACUACAGACGACCCGUUCAAGCAGAACAAGAUGAAUCUGGAGCAAGAGAGGAGCCAGAGUACCGGGGGAGGCCUGGACGGGGCCAAAGAGGAGAAACGGCUACUGAGUGAUCAUUAAUAAUCGUUAUAAUUUAUUAAAUGCUCCCUCGUGGU